AUGUCUAGCUCAACUGAAGUCUUCGCUCCAUUAUGUAACUUUUUAAAAACUGCUUCCUUAGACAAAAUCACCAUUUCGAGAAUCUUCACUCAGCAAUGGAAACUAUUUAAAAUCCAAUCUAAAAAAGAAGAUUGCGAAUGUCUUAUGAAUAUAUUAAAAAGCGUUGAAAGUAAUAUUAAGAAUAAAGAACGUAGACAACAUAUUAUAGCAUUACAAGACAUUAAUAGAAUCAAUUAUACCCGUGAUGAACUCAUAUCGUUGAUAGAUGCGGGUGAAUUGAAAGGGGAUUUUAAAGAAUACAAAGACUGGAAAAACGAUGCAUCUAACAACAUAGCUAUUUUGAAAAGCGCAUUCGAGAAUGGAGGGACGCGAUCCCAUGAUCAUAUUUAUGCGAAACUUUGUGGAGUAAAAGUUAACGAUUUAUUACAAAACGAUCCAUUAUGCGUUGGGGUAAUUGACUUUAGUUCAGAUAGAUACCAACUCCCGGAAAAUAACUAUAAAGAUCUUGUGGGAGAAAAGGGUGAUAUAAGAGACUUAACCAAAAGUGCCGGAAUUAAAAAAUUAUGUACCGAUUUUGUAGUAAGAAGAAAUGAACUUAGUCGGUUUCGCAAACUUGUAUUAUCGCAAUCAGAAAUUAUAACGCAUAACCAGUGGAUUGAAGAAGAAUAUGGUAAAGAACGUGCAGUAAGAGACAUUAUCGACGUACUUCUACAAGAAAUAAAACUAAAUGCGCUUCGUAAGGUUUCUCAUGGCUCAGAAAAUUCUUUUGUAGAAAUUAUAGCGCGAUUAAUAGACACCGCUAUGUGUCGCCUGCCUAUAAGCUAUGAAAUUGAGGUUACAAGAGCCGAGUGCCAAAGCAUAGCUAGUAAAAAUCGUAAGGUUCAACAACAAAAAGGGUCAAGAGGAAAUAAGCCGGACCUUAUGAUUC